AUGGAUACUGUUAAUGACAGUCACUGCACACCAUUAGAUACAAAUUCUGCUCCUUUAAACCAUAGUGGAUCUCCUACUUCCGGGAAUAGCUCAGAUAUAUUCCUAUACGAUGAUUCUUCCAUGUCUGAUGGCAGCUUGUACGCCAGCGAUCAAGAAAAUCAUUUAACUCCAAGAAAAAGGUCGGAAUAUCGGCGACUGCACAAGCGUCGCUUGCGCUGUCCGCAGCAACAGAUCCAGCAGCGGCAGGCGGCCAACCUGCGUGAGCGCCGCCGCAUGCAAUCCAUCAACGACGCGUUUGAGGGACUCCGUGCCCACAUCCCCACACUACCGUAUGAAAAACGACUCUCUAAAGUGGACACUCUCAAAUUGGCCAUCGGAUAUAUCAGCUUCCUUGGCGAAUUGGUACGCGCCGACAGAAAUGCGCCGGAUACUAUGCUCUCAGGGGUUACCAAUAGCCAGAACACGAGCCACGAACAAAAAAAGGUCAUCAUUAGAGGGAUACCCACCGUUGAAGUUGAUAUGGUAACGGAGUUAGGUCUGUUUAGAGUCGGAGUUCCUUCUACCGAUAUGAAAAAAAUAGCCGAAGCAAUACAACUACGUGACUAUAACCCUUCUGAGUAUUUCGGCAUGGGCGUCCAAAAUGCAGUUAAAAACAUAAACACCAUUAUUGCUCCGGAGCUUAUCAAGAAGAAUCUAGAAGUAACUAUGCAAAAGGAAAUCGAUAAUUUUAUGAUGGCUCUCGAUGGCACGGAAAAUAAGUCAAGACUCGGGGCGAAUGCUAUUAUGUGUGUUUCUCUAGUAGUAGCAAAGGCAGGUGCAGCAAAAAAAGGCGUUCCUCUUUAUAGACACAUAUCUGAUAUGGCUGGAGUCACAAGUAUUAUAUUGCCAGUGCCACAUUUUACAAUUUUAACAGGUGGCAUCUUGAGCAAUAACGGAUUACCUUUUCAGGAAUAUUUGAUAAUGCCCACUGGAGCUUCAUCUUUUGUAGAAGCGAUGCGUAUUGGUACCGAAAUAUAUCACUAUGUUAAAAAAAGUAUAAUCGCUAAAUAUGGCGUCGAAGCGUCGUAUGUCAGUGAAUCGGGAGGCUUUUCUAUACCAUUACAAAGUCAUAGAGAUGCACUUGUAUUUGUAACUGACGCUAUAAAACAGUGUGGAUACAUAGGAAAAGCUGAAAUAGCUAUUAAUGCUGCCGCUACUGAUUUAUACAAAGAUGGUGCAUAUGAUGUGGAAUUUAAAAACCCAAAUUCAAACCCCCAAGACUACAUGUCUUCGGAUAAGCUAGCUGAAGUUUAUUUAAAUAAUAUUAAAGAGUUUCCAGUGUGUUCCAUAGAAGACGGCUUUGAAUUUGAUGAUUGGGCAGCAUGGUCAACUCUUACAGCGCGCACACAAAGCCAAUUAUUUGGUAAUGAUUUAACUCAGACAAGCCUCCGAAGAGUGGGGUUAGCUGUUGAAAAAAAAGCUGGCAAUACCGCUGCUCUCAGAAUAAACCAGGCUGGUACAUUAUCUGAAAUAAUAGAAGCCUAUAAAUUGCUGAAAUCAAAUGGAUUUGGCAUAGUUGUAUGUGACCGAUGGGGAGACACGGAUGAUUUAUUUAUAGCGGAUUUAGUUGUAGGUCUCUCCGCUGGACAACUAAAAUGUGGGGCUCCAGCUCGAUGUGAACGUAUUGGAAAGUACAAUCAAAUUUUAAGAAUUGAAGAAGAAUUAGGAGCAUUAUCUAAAUAUGCUGGCAAAAACUAUAGAGGUCAAAUCCAAUAUACAUAUUAUAAAAAAGGCAAGAAUAAUUUAGUGCGUAUUGAAUUCGUAGACACAGUACUCGUUGUUGUAAAUAUUUUGGAAGCAUGUAGCAAUUUUCAAGCUCAUUCUUUGUCAUGGUCGCGACGAGGUGAACGGCCUGCUGGAGGAACACUGCACGCGAAAAUUUGGAUCCCAGAAGAUCCGAGAAUGUUUAGUAGCUCUACAAAUGUAAUUGAAAAAGAAGAACUAAGA